AUGCGCCUUCUACCACAGGAUCUUACACAUGGAGCCCAAGAACGGACUACGCACGGAGGUCUAGCCGAACUCGGACGAACUUCCCCAUCGCGAACCCAGCUGCGUGAGUCAACCCUUGGAGCCUUUCCAAUCACUGGCAAGUUGCCCGUCAUUGCCGAAGAAGACGAAGACGAAGGCGAAGAGCAACCCAAAGUCAUCAAUAUCGAUACUGAAGAAUCUGAUCACGACCUUGAAGUUACACCUGAUGAAGAAGAUGAGUACGAGACUGACCAUGAUUCACAACAUGAGGUCAUACUCUCGGCUCCAGAUAAGGCUAACUUCAUAUCGCGCAGAGUGGCUCGAUCAGCGGCUUGGAGGCGACAUUUUGCAAGGAAGGCGAAGGCUCUCAAUCUCAAACUGUUGCCUUUGAUUCCGGGCUACAACGCCACACGAUGGAACACGGAAUUUGACUCCCUCAACAGGUUGGUGCAGGCACAGAAGGUGGUCAACAAACUUCUUGCUGAGGACUUGGAACAUGUGCGUAGUAGGAAGAGACGCAACAGGAGUUCCCAAAAACCUCGUGGAUACUUCCACGAGAUUUACUUCUCACCGGACGACUGGAAUUCCCUCGAGGAAUUGACUAAUGAGCUUGCUCAACGUAAAGAACUCGUGUCAGCUGCUAAGCCCAAGAAUAAUCCAGCCCCGGCCAAGGAAAACUCGGACUCUCAUUCGGUCAAUAGCGUGUUUCAGCUAUUCACAGCUCAAGAGCCCGAGGUUGAGGUAGAUGAAGUCGCAGCCUACCUGAAGGGUACACCCCUAAUAUACAUGAUGCAAUCAAAUGCUAUGCCGACCCACCUGACCCACCUGUCCCCCCGGUUGCGCAACGGUAACGCAACGGGCAGCGCGGUUGCUGACUGCGCUGCCCAUUAUGGCUUGAAAUCUGAUGGGUUGCGCUGCUCCGCAACCCCCCGUUGCUGUUACGCAGCGCAGCGGCCCGGCGUUGGUGAGGGUGAUUCAUUCUAUAUAAAACAGACUCAUGUUUACUUAUAA